CGAUUUUUUAUAAUUUCGCAUUUCGAUACUGCGAAUAUAACCGUCAAGUUGUGUACCGCAAAAAAAUAAAAUUUCUCCGGAUUUCGUAAACGGCGUGUACGUUCAUUCUUUAUUAAGCUAAUAAAGUUAGUUGAUGGAAUUUUGAUAGUGAAAAAAGUUCGAGAAUACGUGCAUUAACAAAGUGGACCCUUAUACCAGAAUAUUGUUAGAUUUGGUCUUUGUGCAAAAAAGCGAAAAAGUUGGAAUAGGGUACCGAACGUUGAGUGGAGAUCUAAAUUCUGUAAAGAGAGUGUCAACGUGAUAAUUCAUGAGUUCAAUCAGGCCAAAAAUUAAAAGUGUUUUACUAAUUUUGAAUUGCAAUAGUGCAAAAUUGUUGUUGAUGUUCAGUGUGAAAACGGAUUAAGGAUUGGAUUAAAGUGACAUCACUACAUCUCUGUUGUACUUGGUGGCUAAUUAAGAUCCCAACAGUGAAGUGGCACAAAGUCCACAGUUUCGUUGGUAAAUCUGCUAAAUAGGUCCUCCAAUGAGCCAUCUUUUGGAGAAGCCAAAUAUUGCGAUGCCCAUUAAGACUACCAGUGGCCAACUAACUACAGCAGCCGCCGCCGUAACCGUUACCACCAAUGUCAAUCUUAAUGCCGCCAACACCAAAUUGAAUGAAAGUCCUAUAGCAACAGCCACGCACACAGAAUCAAAACGGGAAAGUGGUAUUACGACAACAGAUGUUAAGGCUACAACAAAUUUUGAUGCCGUCGUGACAAGUUUAACAGCGGGAGCAGCAGCGGGUGCUUUGGCAAAAACAGUCAUAGCUCCGCUGGAUAGGACGAAAAUAAAUUUUCAAAUAAACAAAUCCGUGCGUUAUACCUUCAAUGGGGCCAUGCAAUUCCUCCAACAAACCUAUGCCAAAGAGGGUGUUUUGGCAUUGUGGCGGGGCAAUUCUGCUACUAUGGCUCGCAUUGUGCCUUAUGCUGCCAUCCAAUUCACCGCCCACGAACAAUGGCGUAAAAUCCUGCAUGUCGACAAAGACGGUACAGAUACCAAGGGUAGACGGUUUAUUGCUGGUUCUCUAGCGGGCAUAACAUCACAGUCCUUGACCUAUCCUUUAGAUUUGGCGAGAGCACGUAUGGCUGUUACAGACAAAUAUACAGGCUAUAGGACAUUACGUCAAGUUUUCGUUAAAAUAUGGGUUGAGGAAGGACCUCGUACCUUAUAUAGAGGUUAUUGGGCGACGGUUUUAGGUGUUAUUCCAUAUGCUGGCACAUCAUUUUUCACCUAUGAAACACUGAAGCGUGAAUAUGCGGAAGUUUCUGGUAGCAGUAAACCAAAUACUCUUGUCUCGCUGGCCUUUGGCGCUGCAGCUGGUGCUGUGGGCCAAACAUCCAGUUAUCCAUUGGACAUAGUCAGAAGGCGUAUGCAAACAAUGGGCGUUACCAAAGAUGGGCAAAAUAAAUAUCCCAAUAUAUAUGUGACAUUAAAAACUAUUUAUAAGGAGGAGGGUAUCAAAAAUGGCUUUUACAAAGGCUUAAGCAUGAACUGGAUAAAAGGUCCCAUAGCCGUGGGCAUUAGUUUCUCUACAUACGAUUUGAUCAAGGAACUGUUGCGUGAUUUAUUUCAUUUAAAACGGGGCAGAGUCGGUGCACAAAAUGAAUAAGAAAAAAAGUCAGCCAUCAAAACAUCCGCCAUAGUGUUUCUUGAACCUACCCACUAAUACUGCUACUACCAGCGUUAUGUUAUAUUAAAGUAAUCCUAUGAUUUGUUGUUGAUUUUUUAA